AUGACCGAACGACUUUCCAUCCUCAAUGACCCUCCCUCAAUUUUGGAAGGGCCCCGGCUCCUGCAUAAGCUGAUCCAAUGGGAGAAGCACAGCCAAAAUCUCGCGAUCGACUUUACCAGCAACAGAACCAGGAAACGAUACAGUUAUCAUGAUAUCCAACUUUGUGUGGCAGCUUUGGAAUCACGAAUUCGCAAGUCCUUGAGGAAGUCCCAAACAAGCGAUUUGUCUCGUCAACAUAUUAUUCCCAUCCUACUUCCUCAAUCGCCAGGCUUGUACAUUUCUCAGCUGGCCAUUUUACAGUCAGGAGGCGCAUUCUGUCCUAUCAACCUCGAUGCACCUAAGGAUCGCAUCAAAUUCGUCGCCGGCGAUGUCUCAGCGAGCCUCAUCAUCACAACACCGGAAUUCGAGAAUACUGUUACUUGGGAAAAUGGCCCAAUCGUUGUCCUUGUGGAUGAGUUCCCUGAUAUUACGUAUGAGCUGGUGAAGGGGAGAGUUGCCACACGUGAUGUAACUCCGGACGAUAUCUCGUACGUGAUGUACACAUCUGGAUCGAGUGGAACCCCGAAAGGUGUCGCUGUCAGCCAUAUGGCAGUUUCACAGUCCCUCUUAGCACAUGAGAUGCAUAUUCCUCGCUUCGAUAGAUUUCUCCAAUUUGCUGCACCAUCUUUCGAUGUUUCAGUAUUCGAGAUCUUCUUUCCACUCAUACGAGGUUCGACCCUGGUCGGUUGUGGACGAAGCCAGCUUCUCAAUGAUCUCCCAGGGAUGAUGACUGAAUUGGAAGUUGAUGCGGCGGAGCUUACACCAACUGUUGUCGGCUCCCUCCUCCAGAAGAGAUCAAACGCUCCUGGACUGAAGCUUCUCUUGACUAUUGGAGAGAUGCUCACGUCGCCCAUUGUUAAGGAGUUUGGAGGAUCUGAAAUGUAUCCCAGAAUGGAGGCAGAUGCGAAGCCUGGAAAUAUUGGAAUGCCUUUUGCUUCCGUUUCAACUUUCAUUGCUGCUGCGAGCACAUCCGUGGAUGAUGCUGCGAACCUCCAGUUCUUGCCCAUUGGUGAACUUGGUGAGCUAGUUCUUGGUGGUCCACAACUUGCCCAAGGUUAUCUAAACCGAGAAGAGCAGAACAGGGCAGCCUUUGUACAUUACAAUGGCAGGAAGUACUACCGAACUGGUGAUAAAGCACGACAGCUUGAGAAUGGGACCAUUGAAAUCCUUGGACGUAUGAGUGCUGGACAGGUGAAGCUUCGUGGCCAAAGGGUAGAACUGGGUGAGAUUGAGGAGGUAGCCUACAAGCAUUCUGGUCUAAAGACUGUUGUGGCUGUUGUGCUCAAUGGUGUACUCAUAAUGUUUGCCUUGACAGAUGACCAUUCGAUCACGUUUGGGAGUGUGAUGGAGACGUGUUCCAAGUGGCUGCCAAAGUUCAUGGUGCCGAGCGAGGUCGUACUUCUGCAGAAUUUCCCAUAUUUGCCGUCUGGCAAGGUGGACAAGAAAAAGCUGGAAGCAGACUACCAAGCUCAUCGAACAUCGUCAGGGAAUGCUCAAACCCUAUCUACCAAAACAGAACGCAUCGUGAAAAGGGUUCUUGAGGAAGUUCUUGGUGACUUUUCAGUGGGCACUCGGCUUGCUGCUGCAGGCUUAGACUCUCUUGUUGCCAUCCGGGUAGCAUCAAAAUUGCGAGGCUCAGGCUUCAAUGUCAGUGCUGUUGCUGUGCUACAAGCCGAGACCUUCGAGUCACUCGUCGAGCUUUGCGAAAAUUUCAUGGAUAUUGCGUCAGCACAGAAAGUCCAGGUGGCUCCUACCAGACAUAAGAUUGAAACUGUGCUGAAUGGCCACGCGAAAGAUGUCGACUACACGUCACAGUGCACGCCACUUCAGUCCGCAAUGCUGUCAGAAACUGCCAUGAAACGAGAAGCAUAUCGAAACUGGAUUGAACUAAAGCUACCAGGCAUUACAGAUGUGGAAGAAGUAAUUUCAGUCUUGCAUGAUCUGGCUGAUUCUAAUCCGAUCCUGAAAACUGGUUUUGCGGAACCCCAUGCUCACAAUGGAUAUGUGCAGAUCAUUUGGAGAGAGUUGGAGGAUUCCCAGAUUGAAGUUGUGAAAACUCUCCGCUACGAAUUUGACGAGUCCAAAGAUAUCUCUUUGCAUCGCCCCAUUCGAUUCCAGAUUCUACAAGCAGAGUCUAUGACAAGAGUUUUGAUCCACAUCCACCAUGCCCUAUACGAUGCAUGGUCUCUUGAGUUGUUGCUUGAUGACCUCAAUGCGUUGUUGUCGAACGCCUCGCUUCCCUGCCGCCCGCCAUUUACCGAUAUUGUUGAGUGCUACCAGAACGGUCCCAUCUCAUCUGAUAACUGGUCUUCGAAAGACUAUUGGAAAGAUCAUCUCGCCCUUUUGGACGUGGCUCAAAUUCCCAACUUCCACUCAAAAGAAUCUCCACCUCCUUCGCUAGCUAUUGAGCGGCUGCAGACAUCCCUUUCGACGCCAAGUAUCGAGGCAGCUUCUCGUCGUCUGUCAGCUAGUCCACAGUCAUUAUUUCAAGCUGCAUAUGCUCUUGUACUGAGCUCAUAUGUGGGCGCCUCCGACAUUUGCUUUGGGACAGUCUUCUCUGGUCGAACGCUUCCAAUCGAAGGGAUCGAAGACAUCGCAGGACCCUGCCUUACAACACUACCAAUUCGGAUCGACCUCUCAACCUCCGCGAAUGUUCAAGACUUAGUCCAAGAGCUGCAUUCGACGAACAGAAAGCAUUUGGAACACAGCACUCUUCCCCUGCGUGACAUCAAAGCCACAAGUGGGGUCAGUCCUCGACAGCUGCUCUUCGACACAUUGCUCAUCUGGCAACAGACUCUGCACAGCUAUGAUCACAAGCGAGAGCAUGUCAUCCUCGUUGAUACGGUGGAUAACCUCGAAUUCAAUCUGACUUUGGAAGUUAUUCCAGGCCUUGGAAACAUUGAGUUGAAAGCGAAUUUCCAGCAGUCAUUACUCCCAGCGUCGCAAGUACGUAUGCUGCUGCAACAAGUAGAACAACUUACACGAGCCAUCAUUGAGGAUUCGAAAACCUCACUUGAAACAAUUUUCAACUGUCUCGAUAAAAGCGUCUCGUCGCUUGAGAACGAGAAGCCUGAUACGGAGUUGAAAGGUGGAACGCUUUCAAGCUCAGUUGAGAUCAUCGCCAUCAGGGAACCGGAGAGACGCGCGAUCGAUUUUGCCACAUCGAUUGAAAAUGAAACAAUUAUAGUCGAGAGUAUAUCUUACUUUGAGCUCAACUCGUACUCAAAUCAAAUUGGAAAUUGCCUGCUGGAGGAGUAUGGCGUUCUUCCAGAUGAGCUUGUUUGCAUAUGUAUGGAGAAAUCGAUCGAUCUUUACGCGUCCGUUCUUGCAACAGCAAAACUUGGUUCUGGCUACCUCCCUCUCACUCCCGAUGUACCCCAUGACCGACUGGAGCAUAUUCUACGAGAAGCAAAGGUCAGGGUUGUGGUGGCGAGAUCGUCAUCCAGACCUCUUUUUAGAUUAUUCAAAUCUAUCAAAGUACUCUACAUCGAUGAAGUCCACCUUUCUUCAUUUGCCGUCAGCAAUAUACCCUCGAGGUCCUCGUCGGAUAUGAUCUCGUAUUGCGUCUUCACUUCAGGAAGUACCGGAACACCAAAAGGAGUGCUUGUUACCCAAGGCAAUCUUCUCAGCAAUCUGGAUGUCCUUGAAGAGCUCUAUCCUACGGCAAAAGACUCUCGAUUCUUGCAGUCUUGCUCCCAAGCAUUCGAUGUAUCGGUGUUCGAGAUAUUCUUUGCAUGGCGAGUGGGCGCAACGAUUUGCUCAGCCGUCAAGGAUGUUUUAUUUCGAGAUAUCGAGAACGCUAUCAGGUUGUUCAAGGUGACUCAUUUGAGUCUAACGCCCACUGUGGCUGCUCUGAUAGACCCCCGAAAUGUCCCUAAAGUGGAGUUCCUAGUCACUGCUGGAGAAGGAGUGACCUCCAAGGUGUUCAAUUCUUGGGCAGAUAGAGGCCUAUGGCAGGGCUACGGCCCAAGCGAGACAACAAACAUAUGCACUGUGAAUCCAAGAGUUACAAAAUUGGAUAGGAUCAACAAUAUUGGUCCGCCAUUCAAGAACACUUCCGCCUUUGUGCUCGCACCUGGACCGGAUUUUCUUCCUGUUCCUCGUGGUGGGAUCGGGGAGUUCUGUUUUGGAGGCUCACAAGUCUUCCGUGGGUACGUGGACCGCAUUCAAGAGGUUGGCAAAAUCAUUGAACACCCGGAAUAUGGAAAGCUGUACCGCAGUGGUGAUUUUGGGCGCCUAAUGCCCGAUGGAUCCCUUGCUUUUACUGGACGAAAAGACGACCAGGUCAAGCUUCGGGGACAAAGGGUUGAGCUGGGGGAGAUAAACAGUAUCAUCCUUCGGUCGGAAGAAGUGGCAGACUGUGUCACAAUGGUCAUCAACAACGAUAAGGACAAUUCGCAGCGCCUCGUAUGUUUCUGGACUUCUGGUCGAGCUGGGACUGAAGACUUAAAAUGUCUAAAUCCCGAAUUAGGAGUGAUUGCUAGGCUGUAUAAGACUUUGAACUCGGCGCUUCCAGCAUACAUGAUCCCAUCAGCUGUCAUUCCUAUAUCUUUCAUGCCGUCGACUUCACAAGGAAAGAUUGAUAAGCGGCUUCUGAUCAAGCAUUUCAACCUCCUUGAUGUUGGCUACCUCGACCAGACAUCACAAGCAUCUACACCUACUUCUGAUCACGUAUGGACAGAGACCGAAAACUCCAUAGCACAGUGUGUUUCUGAAGUGGUUCAAUUACCACUAGGCGAUGUUGGUCCUGAUACAUCUUUCUUCAGCCUCGGUAUCGACUCGAUAUCCGCGAUCCAGCUGUCCAAAACCCUCACUAAGCAGAUACCCUAUCGAGUGAACAUAUCAGACAUCUUGACGUUCCCUUCUGUCAUAAGGCUAGCAGAGAGACUAUCCUCUCAACAUAAAGACACCGAGAGAGUUCAAAUCCCCGCCACGGAAAAUGGAGACUUUGGAUUUGACGAAGACUUCGUCGAGGCAACGAUAGCCAGUUUCAAGCGUGCUGGUAAAAGCGUGCAGAUUAUUGUUCCUUGUACACCACUGCAAGAAGCCAUGCUAUCGGCAGCAGAGGCUUCGUCUGAAAAGCUAUACGACAACUUCGUGGCCUUGGACAUUCGUGGUAAUGCCUCAAAGCUGGAAAGAUGCUGGCGGGAAAUGGUCCGGCGACAUGAGAUCCUGCGGACUUGUUUCUUAGCCACGGAUAUGAAACAGUAUCCUUUCGUUCAAGUUGUCCUUAGUGAUUACGAUCUGAAGUUUACUUCAACAAUGUCUGUUGUUGAUGUGAAAUUGCCAAAGGACUUCGACCCGCCGUACGCACUGAGGUUGAUAAAGUCACCGGAAAGGACGCAGCUUGUAAUAUCUAUGCACCAUGCUCUCUACGACGGGGUAGCUCUUGAGAUACUUUUUGCAGAGAUUGAGAAACUGUACCAUGAUGAGGAUCUCUCAACUGCUGUUUCUUUUGCUCCGUUCCUGAGAUCAGUGGUGGCAUUGGACUUGAACGCGGCCGAUCAGUUCUGGGCCUCGAAAUUACGUGGCUGUCGCUUCUCAAAACUCGAAAGCAAUCAAGGCAGUCCGAAGCUUCAGACGAAUGAGAGUCCUACUCGCAUCCAGCGAUGUAAUGGGAAAGCUUCUCUCAGGUGGAUUGAGAACAGUACUCGGAAACACAGUACUUCGCUCUUAGCAAAUUGUCAAACAGCUUGGGCAGCACUUCUAGCAGAGCAACUGUACGACACUGACAUCUGUUUCGGCAACGUUGUCAGCGGGCGUACUAUGCCUGUAGACGGCAUCGAGCGCCUCGUCGCUCCAUGCUUCAACACGAUCCCGGUCCGACUCCAACACAUCCACAAAACCUCAUAUCUAGAGGCCUUCCGGAAUUUCCAAACUUUCAACGCCGAAUCUCUUCCCUUCCAACUGACGCCACUACGCCGCAUCCAGUCUCAAUUAAGCUCUGAUGGCUCUCGCAUUUUCGAUACCCUUUUUAUUUUGCAGCAACCGCAACGAGAUCUCGAUUCGUCCAUUUGGUCCAUCAUGGACGACAGUGGUGCGAUGGAUUUCCCUCUCGUGUGCGAAGUAGUACCCAAGCAUAGCGAUGAUACCCUCGAAAUUAUUUUGCAUUCAUACACAUCUGUCAUUUCAGAAGAAGACGCACUUGCUCUUCUAGAAGCUUUCGAUGAGAAGCUUCGAGCGGCCUUGGAAAAUCCGCGUCAUCAAAUUCUGUCCCCUACUGUGAAGAACAAGAUUUUUGCAAAGAUGGACAGUAGGGAGAAGUCGAAGGCGCAAGAAUCGAGGCUGGAAACAUCAUUCCAAUCGUUCUCCUCAGAGGAGUUGGAGCUACGGGACGUCAUAUCGAACUUCACAGACGUAUCUUCCGAGAAUAUCACAAGAGACAUGAGUAUCUUCAGACUUGGCCUAGACAGUAUCAGCACAGUACAGGUAGCAGCUCGCCUCCGGAAACAGGGUCACAAGGUUCUGGCCAGCGACAUCCUGGAGAACCCAACCAUUGCUAAGCUCAACAGUUUCUUGUCUGGAUCGAAAUGGGACAAUGCUGAGGCAAUAUCAUUCGACUUUGGAGCGUUUGAUGAGAAGUACCGAGAUCUCGCCUGCUCGAGGAUUGGUUUGGAGCCAGAAAAGGUUGAAGCGGUACUCCCAUGCACAUCCGUCCAGAAAGGCAUGCUCGCUCAGACACUACAUUCCGAAGGCCUCGAGUACGUGAACAGUCUCUGGUUCCAGCUUCCUAGUGAAUUGUCUAUACUCCAGCUCAAGAACGCCUGGCACGCCGUGUGUGAGAACAAUGAAAUGCUUCGAACAGCAUUUGCAUCAACAGAGGAUCCGAAGCAUCCAUUCGUGAUGGUUGUCCGAACAAAAGCAGGCUAUCAAUUGCCUUGGUAUGAAAGCAUCGAGGCGGUUCAAGCUUCCAGCGCCGAAGACUUACUCAAAAUGCCAUGGAGUUUGAGCCUCUUUAAAGAACAUGGUGCCAACAUCCUCCGCUUCACAGCACAUCACGCUCUUUAUGAUGCACAAUCAAUCCAGAUGCUUCUGUCAGACGUAGCACAAACAUACGCAACCCAAAAUCCUACCGUUCGAUCUCCGGUGGCUCCACUCCUUGGUGCGAUAUUACAAGAAUCGGAGAAAAACAUUAAUGGGAAGGAAUUAUUUUGGGAGAAAGAAGAAAACAAGAUUAUCGUAAAUCGAUUUCCUGACCUCACGCCACUUCGGGGAUCGGACUUAAGUAGUGCUGUUGAGGAACUCACCUCACAACUGUCCUCUUCUAAGCUAGAAGAAAUGUGUCGCAGGGACGGAGUCACUGUUCAAGCAGCCACUCAGGCAACGUGGGCUAGACUUCUAUUCUUCUACAUUGGCGAGAAUUCGACGACUUUCGGAAUGACUCUCUCAGGGCGAUCAGUUCAUGAGAAUGCGGAUCAUAUUUCAUUCCCAAGCAUUGUUACCCUUCCAGUAAGAUGCAACAUCACUGGAACCAACAAAGAGCUGCUAUCCCGAACCAUGGAAUCUAAUGCGUUGCUCCACAAGCACCAGUUCACACCCCUAACCUCCAUUCAAAGGUGGGCUGGCUAUCCGGAAGGCAAGAUCUUCGAUACUCUUUUCGCAUAUCAGAAGCUCCCAGAUGGUGGUGAGGAAGGGAAAGUGCCAUGGACAGUUUUUAAAGAAGAAGCAUCCGUGGAUUAUGCAGUUUCUUUGGAAAUUCAGCCAACGAGAAAUGACGAGGUGACGCUUCGGUUAACUUUCAGACAAGACCUCAUCCCGGUCGAACAUGCUGAGCUGCUGUUAAAGCAGUAUGACGCAUUACUCUUUGAUAUACUUCAAAAUCCUCAUAAUCCAUGCGACGUGGCUCCGCAUACAUCAGAAUCACUGCUAUCCAUCACGGCUGCGGAGGAGAAAGAGUUGCCCGGUCCGGUCACCCUACUUCACGAAUUCGUAGAGCUCGGUGCUCGCGACUUUCCUGGCAGACAAGCCCUGGAGUUUGCUACAAGUCUCAACCCAGAAACUUUCAAAAGUAAAUCAUGGACGUACAGCCAACUCAACCAGGAAGCAAACAAAAUCGCCAACAUGCUGCUACAGAGGAACCUCCAGCCUGGACAGAUGGUUGCAAUCUGCUUUGAUAAGUGCGCAGAGGCGUCUUUUGCUAUCAUUGGUAUCUUAAAAGCGGGGUGUGCGUAUGUAGCACUCGAUCCCAAUGCGCCAGGAGAUCGUUUGAAAUUCAUUGUGGAAGACUCUGGAGCCAGGAUGGUGGUUACCGCUGGCAAGCCUGGUCAGAACAUGAAGCAGAUGUUGAACGGAGACAUGAUCAUUAACCUGGACUCGUCAGAUGUUCUUGUUGACUGCUCCUCUGAACAGCCCAAAUUACUUCGCGAUAUCACUCCUGAAGAUGUCUCGUACUGUCUUUACACCUCUGGAACCACCGGUACACCAAAGGGCUGCUUGAUCACCCACGAGAAUACAGUUCAAUUCAUGCUCGCUUUCUCUUGCUUAUUUGCUGGUCACUGGGAUAAAAACUCUAAAUACCUACAGUUUGCCUCGUUCCACUUCGAUGUUAGUGUCAUGGAACAGUUUUGGAGUUGGAGCGUAGGCAUAUGUGUCGCGUCAGCUCCACGAGAUCUGAUUUUCGAAGACAUCACGGGUGCAAUUCAACAACUGGGAAUCACUCACAUCGAUCUCACACCCAGUCUUGCUCGGCUGAUUCAUCCAAAAGACGUACCUACACUGUGUAAAGGAGCUUUCAUCACAGGAGGAGAACAACUCAAGCAAGAAAUUCUGGAUGUGUGGGGCGAGUAUGCCUGUAUCUACAAUGGCUACGGACCAACCGAGGCGACUAUUGGUUGCACGAUGUACCCUCGUGUUCCGAAAAAUGGCAAGCCGUCAAAUAUUGGUCCUGCAUACAUCAAUGUUGGAACAUUCGUACUCAAGCCCGGCACUGAGCUCCCUGUACUACGCGGUGGUAUUGGCGAGCUAUGUGUCUCUGGCAAGUUGGUUGGAAAGGGUUAUCUCAAUCGCCCAGAUCUGACAGCUGAGCGGUUUCCCACCUUGAAGUCCUUUGACGAACGCGUAUAUCGGACAGGAGAUCUCGUACGGAUCCUUCACGAUGGAAGCUUCAUAUUCCUAGGCCGAGCCGACGAUCAGGUCAAACUGCGAGGCCAACGUCUGGAACUCACCGAGAUUAACGAAGUCAUCAAGAAAGGUGUUGAUGGUAUCGAAGAAGUCGUCACCCUGGUGCUCAAACAUAGCACGCAACAGAAAGAGCAGUUGGUCACAUUCUUUGUCACGAGUUCACAUUAUGACAGUGAUAAUACUCCAAUCUCAGCGAUGAGAGAUGCCUGCAAGUCUCGCCUGCCUGUAUAUAUGGUUCCUACGCAUUUCAUUCCCAUCAAAGCUCUACCACUUAAUGCGAAUAAUAAAGCUGAUUCCAAGCAACUUGCGGCCAUGUAUGAUGAGUUCAAAGUCGAGGAUCUACAGAGACUGAGCCAAGCUGGCCAAAGUUCCGAUAUGUGGUCCGAUAGCGAGCAGCAAGUCAUCGACACCAUUGGCAAAGUCCUACAAAUCGAAAAUGGAACCUUGACGGGUGGAACGACGAUAUUCGAGCUGGGAAUAGAUUCUAUCUCCAUAAUUGGCUUCGCGCGAGCUUUACAAAACGCUGGAUUGAAGAAGGCCAAGCUUUCUCUUGUCAAGAAUAAUCCCUCCAUGAAAGCACUCGUCCGAGCCGUCCUUGAAGGCACCGAAGCUGAUCAGGGGAAGGAGAAUGCCUACGUUGCAGCAGCACAAAGUAUUGCUGCCUUUGAGCAGAGACAUAUGGUAUAUGUAUGCCAAGAGUUAGGACUCGAGAGUGCUGAGGUUGAGACGAUAGUCCCUUGCACGCCGGUACAGGAGGGAAUGAUCUACCGCUUCUUGGAGAGCCAUACGGCGCUUUACUUUAACAAGUUCGAGUUUAAGCUUGAUGAAGUUGUUGACUUGGAGAAAUUGGUUGCUGCUUGGAACAGAGUUAUCGAAAGACUUGAGAUCUUGAGGAUGAAGUUUGUGGCUACUGAUGACGGUUUUGCACAAGUUGUAUUGCGCAAAGGAGAAGACUCUGCAUACGCUCAGUCUAUCGACUAUGAUACGGAAGAGAAAGCAUCUGCUUUGAAAACUCCAUAUAAUCUUACUUUGGACGGACGCACUAUGAGAUUACAGAUGUUCCACGGACUAUACGACGGGAACAGUCUGACAAUGCUCCUCCGCCGCGUGGUAGACGAAUAUCAUGAGCAGGAAUCAAUCGAAUAUGGCCCUUCCUUCACAUCCCUCCUCCCGUACGGACCUCUUGCGAAGGAUCCAGGAGCCAAAGAGUUCUGGAUAUCGCAAUUUAAAGACUGGUCUCCUAAUCAAGUGCCCGACGAUCACAAAUCAACAGCCGACAUAAUUGCAACUAGUACUGUGAACAACCUCACUGGGUUUGAUUCUCUACGGAAACAGCUUGGCGUCACUCCUCAAGCCUUGGUACAAGCAGCAUGGGUCUCAGUGCUCCCGACCAUCGCCUCAACGAAUCUCACAAUCGGCAUUGUUACAUCAGGCCGCGCCAUUGAUUUUGACGGCGCACAUCAAGUCAUCGGUCCGCUAUUUAACACUGUUCCAUUCCACAUCUCACUUCAACCCGGUGACAAGUCAUCCGAGCUAGUGACAAAAUGCCAUGAGUUUAACAUGCAAAUGCAGGACUUCCAGCAUACACCAUUGAAGGAUAUCCAGAGAUGGAGUGGUGCCAGGCCGGGACAAAGUCUUUUUGAUACGUUGUUUGUGUUUCAGAGACCGGAGGAGGAGGAUGAAGGAUUUGCGGAGGGUUUGUGGCGAGAAGUUCAGGAUGAGAUGGUCGCUGAUUAUCCGUUGGCUUUCGAGGCUGUAUUGAGCUCAGACAGCAGCAAGCUUUCUUUGACUAUCGUGGCUCAAGGCACGGCUAUCACAAAUUCAACAGCAGUGGACCUUCUUCAGCAAUUUGAGAAGGCGAUGGUUGACAUGCUUGAAAGUUCAGGAGAGAACCUCAUUUCAGGCCUGGGUGACAAUAAUGAAGUACAAUGUCGAAUCAAAGCCGCGCCUACAGCUAAAUUCGGGGUCGGUGAUGCACAAAAAGACAGCUUCACAUGGACAGAAAAGGCCAAAACCAUCAGAUCAGAGGUCGCAGCACUUGCCAACCUCGCUGAAGAUAGCAUCAAAGAAGGUUCCUCAAUCUUCGAGCUCGGACUAGACAGCAUCGAUGUCAUCAAACUUGCUUCUCGACUAAAAAAGCGAGGCAUAGACAUACCCGUCAGUGUUAUCGUUAAAAGCCAGACAAUUGCCAACAUCGCCCUCGAUAUUUCUGCUAAGAUCAGCAGCCCAGAGACUGCGACUGGUCAAUCGCUGUUGCAGAUGAGUCAAGAUCUGACGAGAUAUCUCAAAAGCAAAGAUAAGCUUCCAAUUAAUGUUGAGGCCGUCUUGCCAGCGACACCAUUACAGCAGAGUAUGGUGAACGAGAUGGUGAAGUCGGGAUACAAGAGGUACUUUAACGUCGAUGGCUUUGAGCUGAGCGAGGGUGUUGAAUUGGAGAGAUUGAGAGAUGCGAUCAGGCGCGUAGUCGAGCAAUCGUCUAUUCUGAGGACGUCCUUUGUGGAGGUGGAUGAUCCAAAGGCAGCAGUCAGCUUUGCCCAGAUGGUGCACAGUCCUGAACAGCAAUCUAGGUGUAUCUCUUCAGACAUCACUACUCUGGAGGAAGGGCAAAGCUUUGCGGACUCUAUGAGGACCUUUGAGACGGAAUCGGCCAGACUUGCAGCUGAAGAUCAACGGUUGCUGCAAGUUCGCUUUAUUCAAGCAGACACUUCAAAGCACCUGGCGAUCGCUAUAUCUCACGCCUUGUAUGAUGGUACCUCUCUGCGAUCAAUUCAUGAAGAUAUUCAGAAAGCAUACAAUGGGCAAUUAUCGUCGCGGCCAGAUUUCAUGCCGUUCUUACACGAGGUCUUCCAGUCAACUACAGAAGACGCCAAGAAAUUCUGGAGGACCACAUUGUCGAACCUACCUCUUGCAAAAUUCCCACGGAAAGAGUCGGUUGAAAUUGAUGAUUUGAAAUUGAGCACAAGGCUGGACCGUCGAUCUCAAGUCCCUCUCAAGGACAUUGAGAUCCUGUGCAAGACAGCAAGAAUCACGCUUCAAACCCUGGGCCAGACGUGCUGGGCUCUCGUUCUUUCGCGGCUCAUGGGUCAGCUCGACGUUGUUUUCGGAUCUGUCCUCUCGUGUCGUGACUCCGAAGAGGCCAGCACUGUCAUGUUUCCACUCAUGAACACGGUCGCCGUGCGCUCUGUCAUCCACGGUAGCCUGGCAGAUAUGUUGAGAUAUAUGCAAGACAUGAGCGACACCACGCGCCAGUAUCAACACUUCCCCCUGGGCACUGCUCAAGCGUAUGCACUUGCCAGUAGACAAGACUCAGCAGCGUCUAAGGAUGCGACACUAUUUGAUACACUGUUCAUAUAUCAAGGUCGUCACCAGACAAAGGAGGAUGGCAAGCUGUAUAAUUCCGUCUACAGUUCCUCGGAUGUGGAGGUCCCGGUUUGCGUCGAGAUGGAGAUUAUGGAUGAUAAAUAUAUCUCUUGGACUACGGCAUGUAAGGCCAUUGCAAGAGACAAAACGGAGACUGAAAGUAUUCUCGAUUCCUUGGAUAAAGUGCUGCAAAGAAUCGUAUCAGCUCCUGAGACUCAGACGAUCAGUUCUGCAAAGAACGGUAUUUCCGUGUGUGGACUACCAGCUUUUAAAGCCAAGGAGGAUCCUAAGAAAACGACAACAGCUCAAGAAACUAGUGCGAUUGAUACAGAAUGGACAAGUACCGAGCUCAGCAUACGAGGUGCACUUCAUACUCUCUCUGAUGUCCCAGAAGACUCGAUCUGCAAAGACUCGACAAUAUUCCACAUUGGUCUUGACUCGAUCUCCAUUCUCAAAUUACCAGCACUACUAAAGACUUCUGGAAUCAAGCUAAGCGUCUCAGAUAUUAUGAGAGAGCAGACGAUAUCCGCAAUGGCAAAAGCUGCUCAUUCGUCAGUGUCUGAGGCCGAGACUUCUCUCGAUGUAGACAAAGUCGUCGCUGAAUCCACUUCUGAUCUCGACUUGGAUGCUCUAUUGGCGAUUAUUGAGCAAGAAGUGGGCAACAUCCACUAUUUCAUGCCUGCCACAGCUGGGGAGCAAUAUAUGAUUCGCCAAUGGCAGGUCUCGCAGGGUGCGAUGUUCUACCAGACAUUUACGUAUGCGAUACAAGGUCCCUUGGAGAAAGUAAAGCUUGAGGAGGCUUGGAAGAAUCUAUUGGCGAGACACGAUAUCCUGCGGACGGGCUUCAUUGAAGUACAGUCGCGGAUUCUGCAGAUCGUUUUCAAGGAUCCGUCGAACGAGGUGAUCUAUAAAACUCAAGAAAAGUCAGUAAACACUCGGAAAUCAAGGGCAGACCUUUGGCUGCCACCAAUAAAUCUCGUCGUCGAGAACAUUGAGGAGUCAGAAGUGGGGGUAAAGUUGGUUCUCCAUCAUGCUCUUUAUGAUGGUGUUAGUCUUCCUAUCAUCAUCGACGAGCUACAAGCUCUCUAUCGCGGAAUCACAAUAGAACGGACACAUCCGAAUUCGAAAAUGUUCGUAGCUCAGUCACUAUCAGCUGCGCCAUUGACAGUCACUCAAGAGAAAUGGACAUCUUAUCUCGGCACCAGCUUUCCAAUCAAGUCUCCCUCGAUCAUCCCAACAAGCAGAAAACGGACAGAAGUUUACCAGCCAUCCACACCCAUCAAGUCUCUCGGAGAGCUAGCCCGCGAUAUAGGCGUCAGCACUGACGCACUCUUCCUCGCAGCAAUAUCCAAGAUCCGUGCCCGCCCUGUCAACCAUCGAGCCCCAGUCCCACAAGUUGUCUUUGGAAUUUAUCUCGCUAAUCGGGCACCUUUUGGUCCUGACUUGUCGUCACUUGCAGUGCCUACACUCAAUCUCUUACCAUUGUGCGUCCAGAAGCCACUGGAGCGUAGUAUAGAAGAUAUUGCGAGACAUGUGCAGAGUGAUAUCCAGAAGAUUGGGGACAAGGAGAUGGUUUCUGCAAGUCUGGAACAGAUCUUCGAGUGGACGGGUGUGAGGAUUGACUGUUUCGUCAAUAUCUUGAGGCCUGGUAAUGCCUUUGAACCACGAGGCGAAGUUGUCGAAGACAGAGGAGAGUGGAAGCCGGUGCAAGAUCUAGGCACGAGAGCAGAAGUUGUGGAUAAUGAGCCAAAUGAGUCGAUGGUGAAGAAGUAUGUGAUGGAUGGAGCGUACUUGCCAUCAAUAGAUAUCGAACUCCGCUACCACGGCGACAAGAUCGACAUGGGCGUUUUUGCACCGGAGGAAAUGCUUUCGAUUGCGGGCGCUGAGAAAUUGAUUGAGGAUUUCAUUGCCUUCUGGAAAUGAUAUCAAGGUAUUGAAUGUUGAAGGUACGAAUAAGCAGAGAUUGAUACACUUUGGUUCCAAGAUGCCUGAUUGUUUAUGUUAAAAUGGAAGGCUCAAAGGGGAUUCGUGAGAUUUUCCUUUGUUUACUUCAUUAGUUGUAUUUUCUUCUCUUCUUUCAUUUAUUUGCAUAGCAUUGGCCUUAUACCUAUUUACUUCUAGCAAUUUGAGAUUUCUAC